AUGGGGGGUGGGGCACGGUGGGCGCUUGCCGGCUCCUGCCUCCUGGCGUGGCUCGGGGGCGUGUCGGGGCAGGGCUUCAUGCCGGUCCACGGGAGCAUCAACGUGAUGCCCACGGCUGCGCUGCACUCGGCAUCGAGCGUGUCGUACGACUACGCCGCGCGGGUGUGGUCGAUCCAGCUGACCUUCGACGCCGGGGUGGCAGGGGUGCCGUACGCGCCCUUCCUGCUCGACCAGCGGCGGGACACGGGGCCGAGCCUCAACUUCCUCUCGGAGGUGGCGCCGUGGUGCGGGCUGGUGCGCUCCUACUGCUGCUUCGAGGACCUCCUCAACGGCACGCUCUACUUCAACGACGCGCUGGCCUCCGCCGUCUCCGGGCUGGGCGCGUGCGCCUCGGCGCCGGGGGCGUGGGCCGCGGCGCUGGCCGACCCCUCGGCGUACGGCGGGGUCCGGCCCGCGGGCAACGUCACGUUCGACUUCGCGGGCAACACGCUGCGCAUCCCGCACGAGCAGGCGCAGCUGUACGGGCGCGAGUACCUGGACCAGAACAACAACUACGUCGUGGACCUCCGCUUCCUCGCGGUGUUCCAGUCGGCGGCGGCGGGGGUGCUGGAGCUCGCAUGGGUGCCGUACCAGGCCGUGCUGCUCCGCGACAUCGACGGGCUCUUCGGGCGCUCGUACGAGGACGUGCGGCAGUGCGUGGCGGCGCCCUACCCGAGCCCGGCCGACUCCUUCUGGCUGGCGCGCUACGCCUCCCCCGCCUCGGCGGACAAGGUGUGCGAGUGGCGGAGAGGCUGGCCGCCCGCGCGGGGCAUCGCCGUGGGGUACAGCCUGUGGCUGCUGAUGAACACGACGGAGCUGUCGCGGGCGCUGGGAGCGGACGUCGUGCCGCGCAACCUGACGAUGGAGUCGGCGCCGACGGUGCCGGCCUGGCUGGACUCGGUGGCGGCCAACAUGAGCGCGGGCAUCGCGGAGCAGGUGGCGAGCAUCGCGGGGAGGGCGGUCGGGGUGCGGGCGCUGGCGGAGCUGCACAACACCCAGUACGCGCGGGAGUGGCGGGUCUACAUGCACACGCUGAGGGCCGUGUACGAGCGGCUGAACCCCGGCAGCGCCGUGGCGGGGCUCGAGACCGUGUUCCUGCGGGAGAGCGCCUCGCAGCCGUACGCGUUCCCGCCCUGGCUGCAGCAGAUGGGGGUGUUCGACCGGGAGGGCACGGUCGCGGUGGCGGACUACCCGGUCGCGAGGCGGUCGGGCCCGCGCGUGGGCCUGCAGCGGCGCGGCGGGCGGAGGCAGGCGCUGCCCGCGGCCCCCAUCGACGCGGUGGCGAUGGAGAUGGUCGUCUUCCUCGACACGCAGGGGCUGACGGUGGGGGAGGUGGUCAACUCGAUCUUCCAGGCGGGGGUGGCGAUGGUGAACUCCACCUCGCUCCGGGGGCUGUGGGGGAUGGACAUCUUCGUGCGGGAGCUGACCGUGCGGGUGGAGCCCGUGGGGAGCCGGUUCCAGGGCGGCUUCCUGGUCUCCUUCCUCCUGCUCGGGGCCGCGGGGGCCGCGCUGGCGUGCCUGGGGUGCUACGCCCUGUCCGUCCCGCCCUACGAGCGCCUGCGCAGGGCUCCGGGCUCGUAUGCAGACGCGGGUUGA